CUCAAGGCUCGCUGUGCCACCGUCUGCAAAAUAGACGUCGACCAAAUCAGCGACGUCUACCCCAGCACUUCGCCCCAGGCAAUGCUCCUGGGCGCGGCACUCAUGUCUAAGCCAGGAACAUACGUGCUACGUGUGACUUUCCAACUCCCUACAUCCGUUUCUUUGGACAAGUUCAUAUCAGCCUGGGAUACAAUGACCCAGUCCGCGGAAAUCGUCCGCACAAGGCUCGUCAAAGAUGAGGAUGCGGGUGCGGUACAAGUCGUGACGAAGGGGUUCCAGUGGGAUCAUUACAAUGAUCUUAAAGAAUUUGAGGCAGAGGAGUUUCCUCGCAUGGACUUCGGUACGCCGUUAACGAGACUUGGGGUCGUAAAGAAUAGCCCAGGAGGAACGCCGGUGUUUGUGUUCACAAUGCAUCACGCCCUUUAUGAUGCUUUCUCGCUCAACAUCAUCUUCGCUGAAGUAUCAAAGUUAUACACAACAGUAAGAUCAGACAUCCAUCUCGUCUCAUACAAUACCCACUAACAUCCGACAAUAGGGAAAACCAACCCCGCUCGCCCCAUUCAAGAACUACGUACGCUACAUCUCCCGUCUCCCCCUCCAGAAAUGUCUCUCCUACUGGACUUCCGCACUCGCCAACAGUCCCGCGCCCUUCUGGCCCAAACGCGUCACCCCAGGCCACCUCACGUCCGACACGAUCCGCGAGCACCUUCCCAUCCGCACGCGGCCCCACGAAUUCACGCUCGCCAUCUUUGCUCAAGCCGCCUUCUCCCUCCUCUACAGCGCCAAGUCUUCCGCGGACGACAUCAUCUUCUGCAUGUCGUUCUCGGGCCGCGAGGUCGAGAUCCCGGCGAUC